AUGGUUGUAGAAAAUUCCACGAAAGAGGGUAGUUCUGAUCAACUCAGUAAGAAUAUUUCUACUGAUAAUUUGGUCUAUGAUGUUAUUGCGGUAGCACCUGACCCACCUGAUCAAGACAUGAGAGAGGAGCCAAAGAUGGGAGAAGUCCAAUCAGACAUCCUUAUGAAUAUCCUUACUUGGAACUGUAGAGGUGUUGCAAAAAAGCAAUUUAAGAGUACCUUUAACAUAUUUCGUAGAAAGCAUAAUGUUGGAGUGGCUGCUAUUUUAGAACCUAGAGUAAGUGGAAAUAAAGCUACUAGUAUAAUUCGUAGCUUGGGUUUUUCUAAUCAUAUAAUUGUUGAUGCUCAUGGCUUUGCUGGUGGCAUUUGGGUAGUUUGGAAUAACAAAGAAGUAAAGAUUUCUCUUCUUGUUAAACAUGACCAGUUUACUCAUUGUUGGGUUGAAUUUCCUGAAAUGAAGGGGUUUUUUGGGACAGCUGUGUAUGCUAAUCCUCAGGAAGAUAAACAUCAAGUACUUUGGGAAGAGUUAAAGCAUAUUGGCAGAAAUAUGAAUGAUCCUUGUUUGUUAUAUGGGGACUUCAAUGAAAUAGCUCUGGCUUCAGAGAAAAGAGGAGGAGGGCCUCUGGAUGUGAAUAGGUGCAAUCGGUUUGCCAAUGUCCUAAAUGUUUGUGGGGUGAUAGAUUUGGGGGGAGGAGGUAGCAGAUUCACUUGGAAAGGUCCAAAAUUCCUUCACUUAGAUAGGUUGUACAAAAGACUGGACAUAGAAGUUGUUAAUGAUGACUGGAGAGAUACUUUUGAGGAAGCUGAUGUAUUAGUCCUUCCUAGACUGUUCUCUGAUCAUUGUCUAAUUCUGAUUAGAAUGGUUAAAUAA